CAGUGAUUAGGAUAAUUAAUAAAAUUGAUAAAAAGCCAAGAGUACUUCAUUAUAUGAUUGAAACUGUUGGUUAUUAUUUAGUCGGUGAACAGCUAUCACAAUAUCAAUACGUCAAUUAAGUUCUCCAUUUACAUUCGGAUUUAAUUGUGCCCAAAAAUUACCAUGAUUAACAUAAUCAUAGCUUUGAUUUUUAUUGUUGCUGUUUAUUUUUAUAACGUAAGAAAUUUUAAGUACUGGGAAAAACGUGGAGUAAAAUAUGAUAAACCUGUAAUCUUUUUCGGUAGUGCUACCCAGACUUUAUUAAUGCGCAGAAGUAUCACUCAGACCUUCGUGGAUCUAUACAGAAAGUACCCAAACGAAAAAGUUGUUGGAUUUUUUAGAUCUAGUACCCCAGGCUUACUAAUCAGGGAUCUGGAUAUUAUAAAGCGAAUUCUUAUGACCGACUUCGUGUAUUUCUAUGAGCGUGGAGUACAUCCUGAUAAAGGGGGACUUGAACCACUUCUCAAAAAUUUGUUUUUCGCUGAAGGAGAUUUGUGGCGUUUGUUGAGGCAGCGCAUGACCCCUGCGUUCACGAGCGGCAAGUUGAAGGCGAUGUUCCCGCUGAUAGUGGAGCGCGCAGAGCAGCUGCAGGCGCGGGCGCUGGACGCCGCUCGCAAAGGCAAAGCCAUCGACGCGCGCGACCUCAUGGCACGCUACACCACCGACUUCAUCGGCGCCUGCGGCUUUGGCCUUGAUGCCGGCUCCCUCAACGAAGAAGAAUCUGCUUUUAGAAAACUAGGCGCUGACAUCUUCAAAUUCGAUCUUCGCCAAAUUGUCGUCACUGUUCUAAAAGACAAUUUUCCACGUUUAACAAGACAACUAAAGUUUUUGGAUCAUUUAGAGAAUCAAAUAAUUACACUAGUAAAUGAUAUCCAGAAACAAAGGAAUUACCAGCCUUCCAACAGAAAUGAUUUUAUUGAUUUGUUAUUAGAAUGUAAGCAAAAAGGCAUAAUCAAGGUAGAGUCGUUAGAGAAAGUGAAACCUGAUGGUAGCCCGGACUACGCGACUUUGGAGUUGGACGACUUGCUGAUUGCAGCUCAGGUGUUUGUGUUCUUUGCCGCUGGCUUCGAGACGUCCUCAUCGGCUACUAGCUACACCUUACAUCAGCUUGCAUACUAUCCUGAAGUUCAAAGAAAAGUCCAAGCCGACAUAGACGCAGUGCUUAGCAAACAUGAUAACAAGCUGUCCUAUGAAGCUGUGAAAGACAUGACUUAUCUUGACUGGACUUUCAGAGAAGGUAUGAGAAAAUUUCCGUCUCUGGGAUUCUUAUCACGUAAAUGUAGUAGGAAGUAUACUUUUCCUGAUCUGAACAUGACUAUAGAUGAAGGUGUAAUGAUUUCGAUCCCCGUGCAAGCUUUGCAGACUGACCCUCAAUACUUCGAUAAUCCUACGGAGUUUAGACCUGAAAGAUUUGACCCUAAAAAUGGAUUGGCGAAUAAAUUCACAUAUUUACCUUUUGGUGAUGGACCACGAGCUUGUAUUGGAGAACGCUUGGGCUUGAUGCAGUCCCUGGCCGGCUUGGCGGCCAUCUUGUCCCGUUUCAGCGUGGAGCCGGCUCCCGAGUCGCACCCCGUGGACCCGCCCGUAGAGCCCAAGUUUGACGUCGUGCAGAGCAUCACCGGUGGACUGCCACUCCGAUUCGUAGAAAGAAAAAAAAUGGAGUAAAUCGUAAAACUUUCAAUUUUAAAAGUAUUGUUUAAAUGACAUCAAUAUUGAGUAUACUGCUACGCUAAGUAAUUUAAUAUUAUGCUCUUUCUUUCUGCAUCUCAUUUUAUUGAUUGUCGGUUGCUUUUAAACGGAUCUAUUCCACUUCCAGCGACAACUUAGUGUCCUUUGAUCACCCACGGAUAUGAUGCCCUGGGUGAUCAAUGGGGACUCCAGUUAUAUUAUUAUUUUAGUGUCCUUU